UGUUAGCAAUUAUCAGACUUCAUGAAAACUACAAUUACAAGAUUCGAUAUGGCUGUUUUACUAGUCAAACUGAUUGGAAUCACUUUUUCAUAUCUCAUGGAGGCAGCACCCCUUCACAAUUCGAACAGUUCACAAUAUCUCGUUAUCAGCAGAGAAACGGAUCUGAUCAGGAGUCCUGUAGAGCCUCAACUUCCGCAAGAAACUGAUCUCGGAGACAACAAAAACCCCGAAGAGAUAGAUUAUCUAGCACCUGGCUCAUUGGUUCUGCUUAAGACAGCAGAUGAUGCUUCGUUUGUGACCAAGGAAUUAAUAGCAACAAAUUCUGAAGACGAUAACGAUGCCCAACCGAACGAUGAAAACAGUCAGAACCUGACCAGAAAGAAUGAAGAGCAUCAUUUUGUACGAGCAAAUGAUCUCGAUAUCUUAUAUUUAGAAAAAAGACCCGAAAAGACUGAUUUUCCGGUCCUUGCAAACGAUGAUUCAAUAGAGACAGAAGAAGCGGAUUAUUGGAGAAACAUUGGAAAACGUAGCGAAGACACAGCAGCAUCUAUAUCAUCUGCUAAAUCCGGAGCCAAUGUUGUGAAUAUACUGAUUCUGAUCGUGAUAUCAUUGGGAGGUCUGGGUGCAGGAAUACUCAUCAUCGGAGUUCUGGUUGCCACCUUUAUACCACAACUGAUCAUGUCAAGAGAUUAUUUGCGACCAUUACUUCGAAUUUACGAAAAGGUGAGUGGUCCGAACCAGUACAGACUUCAUUUGGAAGACUUGGCAACCCUCAAAAAUAAACCGUGUGCUGUCCGGGACAUAAGGAUUAACGGUUACGACAGUGACGAUUCACUUGAUGAGUAUAUCUUACAUUGGACUCGGUGCAGGCAGAGUCAGACAAAAGGUGCAGGCGACAAAAGAAGAAAGUCUCGUCUGUGGUGGACUGAUAGUAAUACCAAAUAUCACUGUGAAGAUGAGGAGGAAUUCAUCGACCAGGGAGGUGCUGUGGGUGUCAGGUUCAGUGAGUCGCUCAGUGAGUUCAGUGAGAGCGAAUAUGAUUCGAACGAGAACGAUUUCUGAGAUCUGCAUGCUCCGAUACGACAGCUUCUGGGUCUUGACGGUGAAGUUUACUCACUCCGCUUCAGCUCAAGUAUAUGACGAUACUCUCAAAAUGGAACUGCGGGGGCGUCUUUCUAUCCGCCACAUAUUUUUUAUUUUCUUAUUCCUAUUCCUGUUUUGCACUCACCUGUUUGAU